AGCAAAGCUUCGCGGCGGCGGCGGACUCGAACAGCAGCAGCAGUCCCGCCAAGUCGUUCGUGGCGUGCAAGGUGUGCGGGGACAAGGCGUCCGGAUACCACUACGGCGUCACGUCCUGCGAGGGAUGCAAGGGGUUCUUCCGCCGGAGCAUCCAGAAGCAGAUCGAGUACCGCUGCCUGAGGGAUGGCAAGUGCCUGGUGAUCCGGCUGAACCGCAACCGCUGCCAGUACUGCCGCUUCAAGAAAUGCCUGGCCGUGGGCAUGUCUAGGGACUCGGUGCGUUACGGCCGGGUGCCGAAGCGGUCCCGGGAGCGGGGCUCCUCGUCCGGGGCGGCCCCGCUGUCCGGGGACGAGGGAGGCGGGGUGGCGUCCCUGGGCAGCCCCGGCCAGGAGGAGCAGUGCGCCAGGGACCUGGAGACCCAGCAGCUGGCCAUGUACGACAUCAUCCUCACCAUCUCCCAGGCACACCACGCACACUGCGCCUACACCGAGGAGAAGACGCGCUCCCUGGCACGCCGGCCGGCCAUCUUCAGCCUGGAGGAGCUCGGUGGCAGCGGGGGCGGAGGGGGCGGGGCCGAGGGCGGGCCCUCCCUCCCGGACAGCCCCGAGCAGAGCAAGCUGGGCCUGUGGCAGCAGUUUGCCACCCUGGUGACGCCCUCCGUCCAGAGGGUGGUCGAGUUCGCCAAGAGGGUGCCAGGAUUCCUCGAGCUCGUGCAGGACGACCAGCUCAUACUCAUCAAGGCGGGCUUCUUCGAGGUGUGGCUGGUGCACGUGUCCCGGGGCGUUCUGGUGGGGGCGCCCCACGACACCCUCACCUUCAGCGACGGCACCUACCUCAUACGUCAACAGCUGGAGCUCAUGUUCGACCACGAGUUUGUGUCAGCCAUGUUCAACUUCUUCGUGGCCUUCAACAACCUGCAGCUGAACGACACGGAGAUCGGCCUCUUCUCUGCGGUUGUUUUGCUCACCAACGAGCGCAGCGGCCUGUACGACAGCAAGGCCAUCUCGCUGGGGCAGGGGCGCCUGUGCGAGGCCCUGCGGCUGCAGGCCGGGCGCAACCACCCGGGGGACGUGGGGCUGCCCAACCGGGCCCUGUGCCUGCUGGGUCCCCUCAGGGCCCUGGGGCUGGCGCACGCCCGCCACCUGGCCUGGCUGCGGCCCCACUGGCACUCCCUGCGGCUGCCCCCGCUCUUCGCGGAGAUCUUCGACAUACCCGCCGCCACCCCGCCCAACGCCCAGCAGGUGGCAGAAGUCCCGGAGGCUCCUGCAAGCAGUACGGCAGCGCCCUCCUGAAGCCCCGCCAACGGUGCUGACUCCGGAAGGCGUCUGCAAGCAAGACCAGUGAGAAUCUCGGUGUACUCCCGGCAGCUUAUUUAUUUCCCCGGUGCAGCACGGACUCCCGCAUACUCUCGCGGACUCUGACGUCGGACUACCCCCGCAACCACGUGCGGCUUGAGAGAGAGAAGAGAAGAGCACCCAAAGGCAUCCCAUGUUCGCACCGGCCCUCCCGUUCCUCCAUGCGGCACGGCGAGUGCCGUGUCUCGGUUUACGGUGUGGGUGCUCUACUCCAGUUUUCGGCACGGACGCAACUUCGUCGUCGUCGUCGUUGGUGGUGGCAGACGAACGGGUGUGGCACACUUUCGCUCGCCACACCGACGUGGUGCCCCGCAGCGAGCCAAGGUUGUGACGACGCUUGAAGAGAUUUUGUCGUCGCGAUUCGAGCGCUUUGUUGGGGUGCGUUGCCCGGUGCUCUCGAGGAAUGUGACAAUGCUCGACGUUGAUUGCCCUCGCUCUGAAGAGGAGGGUCAGAGUUGCGUGAAAAUUUCAGGCAAUCCGAGCGGGGACGGGAAUGACAAGGCAAACUCGGACGACACGUUUUAACUCACAUUGGUGCCGGCCGUGUCUGUUGGACGCAACCGGAAAAUACGAUUUCCACUGAUUGUAUUUGCAAUUCGUUUGUGCGUAAGAGGGUAACAUAAUUCUGAAAUGACAGAGAUCCCCAAAAGUAAAUUACGCAGAGCAAAGAAUGAUCUGUGUCAAAAAAAAAAAAAAAUUGCUUUGCGUAGGCAUUUGCAAAAUCCUGCUGUGGCAUCAAUGGCUGAUGGUUUUCACAAGUGUUUGUGAGGGUAAAAGCGCUAAAAACAACGGACAAGUAAAAGAAGCGAACAACACAGAGCGCUUUGUGUUGUUCGUUUCUUUUACUCGUCCGUUGUUUUUAGCGCUUUUACCCUUACAAACAUGGAUCACCAACUAGCCCAAGCGCAUACCCUUUUACAGUUUCACAAGUGGUUGCUUUUGGCUCAUCCUAACUGCUGCAAACCAGUGUGCCGCACAGUUUUUGCGCUUCGGCAGACGAUGGCCGCGGUGGUGACGGUUGCCACAUAUGGGUCGAUUAUGCCGGUUCCGAGAUCUGGGGCGGUCGAACCGCAAAUUCUUCAAAAGGGAUGGAAGCAGCAUGGUAACAACGCCACACCAAAAGAACAGAGGUUUUUGUUUGUCCUGCGUACCUUGUCAUUCCCUGUCGUCUGCCUCAAACCUAGAAUUGAGCAAUUGUGGGGGUGCGGUUCGAACAACGCCGUCGUGUCUGUUCUUCACUAGAGCUGAACUCGACUUUUCUUUUCCUUGGCUAGAUCUGCAGCGAUUCAAACGCUGGGACAUUGUGGGAGUGCUCAUCUAUUGGCGCAACAGGCUCAGAGGCAAACAGCGUAAACCUCGGUAAUUAGAAUUGAUCUGCCGUCUUCGCUGUGGUGACUGGAGUCGCCAGAUUGGUUGCAGGGUACUGAAACUCCUGUGGACAAAGGCACUGUCAACUUGGGUCUAUUUGCUAGUGGAGUUUGUUUUUGGGCCAUCCACUCCGAGUGAGCCAGUCCAAAUUCGAAGUGGGGGGUUGUUUUACGAAAAACAAUUUCUCAUAUGCUUGAUGUUUUCUCGCGCCUGCAAUUGAUCACUGUGUCCAAGCACCAACCAUUCUUUAUGGAUCCCUAACAACGGAACUUAGGAACAAGCUUCUUUCGUUAGCUAUCAAACAAAACUGUGCUUUCUGUAAAAAGAAAAGCCAGGCAAGUCGGCGCACAGGUCUGCGGUGUGUCCGGUAGAUGGCUCCGCUCGCGAAAUGGAAUUUUAACAAUACUUCCUCUCCCUAUCAACUGCGACAGAACGUAAAGCAAAAAAGGGAUGCUGUACUCUGGAAACCUAUCCGGCGACUCUAGCAGAGACCAUCUGGGUUCUCCGAUACUGACGAUUUGAUCGAUUAGAAUCCAGUGUUGAUUUAAUCUUUUGGCAUCGGUACAGACCCGUGUAGUAGAUCCUUCUCGGCGAAAUGCAGCUCGCUUUUCGUCCAGCGCGGCGAGCAAUGGCAAGCGCCUUCCCCUUGCGUGCUCCCAUAAGUGCCCGUCCCAAAGCCUCGCGGUCGAAAGCCUCUCCGGCCCGACGCGAGCAAGCCCCUUUACAGCUGUUUUUUGUGCGAUUAGUGCGUGGCAAACGUGGGAGGACUUUCACAAAAAGGUGGGGGGCGUCGGCAAACUUACUCUUCCGGCGUGCACCGUCUAACCAGAUCACUGCCAGACUGUUUCGUCGUUGGGCCUCAAAGUAUGCUGCGCAAGCUGCGGACCAGACGCGGGACACGGUUUUAAAGCGGCAGCUACCCCUUUUUUUUUUUCCCUCACGCUCGGUCUUUACGAAUGCCUUACGACCUCAUCCUUUGCGCAUCGGAGUAGAGUUGUCGUUUGUCUUUUCUUUUUCUUCUCGGUGCUUCUGGUCCUACAUGCUCUAUUCGAAGCGAGGUGCCAUCUCGCUUGAGCGAGUACUGUCGGAAGGGUUGGCAAGGCCGGACUCUCACCGCCUAUGUUGCUUUACUGAUGCUUUUGUCGAUUUGGAGCGUAAACUUCUAAUCCCUCGAAUUACGGUUUGAGGUGCACAAUGGCUCAUUUCUCGCUUGAGCGUUGGCCUUUCCAGCUGAGAAUGUGCUUAGAGCAAGCCAGACCCGACAUCCGCAGCUGGAGCAGAAGGAACGCACAGAGGCACGAAAACAAGAUUAACCGUGGAAACAAACAAAGCAUUGUAUAGGCAACGUUGAAAGUGUGGUGGGCAGGAUUUUCGUUACCAGUUCGGAAGGACGUCUACGGGCGCGCGCCGACGGCGUUUGACAGCCGGAGUGGCGCUAGUGGAUGCUGGGUUGCUUCGAGGCGUGUGCGCCGUGGGAAUGAUGCCGUUGCAGGCGUCUGGCGGAAAAACCCCUUUUGCUCACGGCGACCCCGGGUUUCUGUACGAUUUUGCCACUGGUCCCUGCCCGUUAGCGUGUACAGCGUGUGCGUCCGUUCUCCCCCCUCCCCCCUCUCUGGUAAUGGUUGUGUCCCCGGGGGGGAGGGAAAGCGUUACUUACGAUCUUGUUGUCGUCGUCGUCAUUCUCAUUGUUGUCGCCGGUGGCAGGUUUCGGGGAACGUGGUUACUAUGCCGGUGUUUGUCGGGGGUGAAGGACGACUUGUUUUCCGUCGACGGAUCGCCGGUUUUUUGCGACAUUCCAGCGAGCUCUCGGACGGUCCGUUCUUUCACGACGGGGCAACGCGUUCGUUGGCCCAGUGAUGUUCAAACAACAAUGCGAGCUGUGCCGCAUUUUCUUUUUUGUGCCGACGACUCUUGCCGUUUAAGAAAAAGUGCAGUGUUUUGUUUUAUUUUUUCGAGUCUGAUCUUAUCUGCGUGUGUGUGAGUGUGUAUGUGAAGGCUUUGUGUGCGUGCAAGCAUGCUUUUCGUACCUUUUUACGGACACAUUUAGAAUAGUUGUUUACACUUCCAUUUUUUUUUACUUGCAUCUCACAUUACGCAUUGCUAGUGACCUUCCUUUACGACACGAGACGAACAGGCACGGGUGUAUUAUCACAAUUUUUACGAGCGUCUUUUCUUUUACGAAACUAUUGCCUUUGCGAGAGGCCCACGGCGAUUGCCCCUUUUUUCGGCGUCGCCGCGGCAAUUUUUUUUUUUCUCGGUCGACACUGCCAGCGAUUUUCUCAUUGUCCGGUUGUCUCGGGGAAGGUUUCUGGGGCAAGUGCACAUUUUAACGUAGACCAUACUUCUUUUGCAAUUUAUACCGCUGCAAAAGCCGCAAUCUUCACGAUCAAAAUUGCGAGUUCCUGUUUUCUCCCACUGUGUGAGGCCUCUAAGAGUUUUUAACCCCUUUUGUGAUUUACCAGUCAGCUGUAUAGAACAUGCUGCAAACGUUUCCUCGACUAGCAUCUAUUUCGUAGGGCCGCUCAAGCAAACCCUGGCAACAGACGUCUAUCAUUUUUAAAAAGGGAUGCAACUUUUUCUUACUCUGUUGACAGAGAAGUGGGUGUCUUCGUGACCAUGAAAGGGAAUGUGAAAUUCACUUUUAAUUGCGUACGAAACAGUCCCAAGUCGUUUGUAGGCCCUGAAAACUGCCACAGCAAUCCCAAUUAUUUGCAAAUAAUUGCAGCUUUUCUUGUGAAUUUGGGGACGACUCUUUCGUCGUCGUAAACUUGCACUUUCUUUUGUGGCUACCUUCAUUAUCGUCCUCAUCAAAAUGUAGCUUCCUUUAUUUUCGAGGCUGCGACAGUUGGUUUUCCAGCUUCCCCUCGCGGCAAGUUAUCGACUGGGGAGCGUAGUAAAGUCAGGUUUUGCAUGAGUGUGUCCACCUAUGGCAGUCCCUCCCCUCUCCCUCUCUAGUCUCUUUCCCUGUCAACGACUUGUUUCCAGCAGGGUUCCUGGCUGUCUAUAUUGAGCAGAAACAUAAGGAAAUCGUAUUGGUCAGUGAAUCCGGCAAAGCGACGCAAAAAGGAACAAAAGGCAGAUGCUCAGAAGCAAUUUGACUGCUCUUUAUUCCACUAUAACUUUUUCGUGGUAUCUUCUCGGUGAGACGCAGGUGUCUAUCGAAACUUUUAAGUGCAGGGACGGGGAGUGGCAAGGCAUGACUUGGGGCCUUUACUGCUGCAUGAUCCUGAAGUUUAAAUGCAGAAUGCAUUUUAAUGAAUGCAAAGUUGGGAAUUGUGGCCUGUGCAGUAACCGUACCGUGGUUUCGUCGGCUAAAUUUAUUAGGACGCUGCUGCAGGUUGUGCGAUAUUGCGGUGUCUUGCAACUAUUGCAUCCUAAAAUCUCGUGUGAAGUUAAGGCGCAGCCCGACGUCGCACUGCUUGAAUUUGCUUGUACAUCGCCGAUGCAUCCGGCGUACGGGAAAUGUGGCCUUCAAAGCAAGAACGACAGUGAGCCAGGGGCCCUAGCUGAGAGUUGUUGGCAAUCGGCUGACAGGGAAUCUUUCGCACUCUGAGCAGGAAAACCGGUUGUGUGGCGUAGCCAGUCGGAGGCAGUUAAGAGAGCAGCCUUUUGUGUGGGGUUGGUGUUGCUUUCAGACAGUACAAAGGCGCCAUUCUCGAGUUGGGAGUGUGGGCACUGCUGGGACGUAGGUUUGAUUUCCGGUUUCUCGAAGGCGUCCCGCAAAAUGGCGGUUGUUUUGUGGGACUUUGUUGGCGAGACAUUUUGUCGGUGGUGCAACGGCUGGCAGUCAUUUUGUGGGGGUAUUGUUUUAACGAAUUUGUUAACGGAAAGUGAUGUUUUGUGUGGUUUGAGGGCAUAGUUUCUCGGUUCAACAUUGGCAUUUAAGGGCAGAGCUGUGUUGGAAAAUUUUAAAAAAUUUCCAAAAUUGGGCACAUGGACACAUCAAAGAUGUGCCCAUCUUUGAUGACGUUAUGAAGCCACAACUCGGUUUUCGUCACUCUGCAAAGUUUCUAAGGAAUGCUAGAUAAUCGACGCUAAGAAUUUGAGACCUGAUUUUGCGUUAUGGGCUGCUUACUCAAUUUUAGUUUUGCAGUAAAUUCUUCUUAUGCUCCAGCUUUUAACAAACUAAGUGUGUCAAACAUUUGUAGUGCAGGUACAAAGUAUUUUGGAGUAGGUUCUCCGGUAAUGCGCACUAAGCUUAUUCAUAUUGUGGCAUAUUAAUUUUGAGGGCCUGCACCACCAGCAAACUUCUGUAACUUAGAAAAUAAUGUUGCAAGAAUAAUAAAAUUUUGCACCGCUUUAUACAGUAGACAACUCUGGCACAUUUUUCCAACUUGCGCACAAGGCUUUCGAGGUUGAUGCCUAAAUCUAGAGAUAUGGGACCAGUCUUAUAAGGCAGAAAUUUAACAUGUAAUCUAACUAACGACUGUGGAUGGUUGCAGAGUCUAGAUGCUUACGUACGUUACUUUGAAAUACUUUGGCAUAUUCAGACGUGAAAUGCCAAUAUUUUCACAGCAUUGCUGUCUAGCUAACAGUGUAAACACAUUGUCAGAAAUUUGUGGACACGUUUUUUGUCAUUUUGUUUUUAUGCCACGAAAUGAUUGCCUCCGCGUUGCCGUUGUUUGGCAUAAAUGCCAAACAACCGUGGUAGAGGAGAGAUGCCAACCUCCUACUCGGGCCCAGAUGCUGUGACGGGCCGAGACUUAUCCUACACUGUUUGUGACAACUUCCCAUACUCUCAUUCCCAAGGCACAGGCGGACCACUCCAGCGGCUGCAGUAGUACGUUAGGUCCCGUGCCACGGUGACACGUCCCAUGCCGCUCGUUGUGCAUUGCAUGCAAGCACGGUGCCCAAGCGUUGUACCCUGUCGAUCUGUUACCCUUGAACCAGACGGCACGUCCGUGAGGAGAUUUUUCACCUCGAAGGUUUUUCACUGCCAGAAUUGUAAACUACUUUUUUGGGGGGGCCUGGUCUUUAACUCGUGGCACGACAAUACUUUUUGCUCACCUGUUUUAUUUUUUUUUUUCUUCGUGGAUGCAGCAGGUUCUGUACUAGUUGUUACAAAAUAAAGAAAUGUCUAUUCAGCCCGUCUUUCCUGACACUCUUUGAGGGGGGGAGGGGUGCACGGCGCGUGUCAUGGUCUGGCAUGAACACUUCCAAAGGUGCAGAUGUGAAUAUCGCAGUCUGCGUAAAUGUGGUGCAAGAGCUCUGUCCCUGCAAGUUUCUAGCUGUAAAAACGUUGCUGUGGUAUAAUAACGUUUAGAGUGUGCCGUU